AUGGCCAUCGCAGCAGUCGGCCAGAUUUGCGCCACUGGCUCAAUCACUGCAAAUCUCAACCAGUGUGUGAGACUGGUUGCCAAGGCGGCACUUGGUGGAGCUCAAGUUCUCUUUCUCCCAGAAGCAUCUGAUUACAUUGCCGUCAAUGCCCGGGCUUCACUUGACCUAGCUGUCCCACAGACAUCGUCUCCGUUUGUCCAAGGCCUCCGCGCCGCUGCCAAGGCCCACUCCAUUGCCGUCCAUGUCGGCAUCCACGACACCGUAGUGGGCCAGGAAGCCGGCCAGCCAGUUGACAAGAUUCUGAACCGGGCCUUGUAUAUCAACGCUGACGGUAUCAUUGAAGAUGCGGCCACGUACGACAAGCUGCAUGUCUUUGAUUACGGGACCCUCCGGGAGAGCGCAACCGUCCAGCCGGGCACAAGGUUCACGCCGCCGUUUGAUUCCCCCGUCGGUAGGAUAGGCAGCCUAAUCUGCUUCGACUUGCGAUUCCCAGAGACAGCCCUCGCCCUGGCCCAGCCGGGUCGUAGCAGCCCCUGGGCCACCCGUCCGGCUCAGAUCAUCACCUAUCCCAGUGCAUUCACGUUGCGAACGGGAGAGGCGCACUGGGAGACUUUGCUCCGCGCUCGUGCCAUUGAGACGCAGAGUUACAUUGUGGCGGCGGCUCAGGUAGGCCGGCACAACGAGAAGCGGGCUAGCUACGGUCGCAGCAUGGUUGUCGACCCAUGGGGCAAAGUAUUGCUCUGCCUCAAGGGUGUAGCAGACGCAGAGGGCAACGCGGAAGAUGGGGCCGUAGAGGAGGUUGGCUUUGUAGACAUUGACCUUGAUGAGCUAGAGAGGGUCCGGAGGGAGAUGCCGCUCCAACGACGAACGUGA